AUGCGCUUUUGGAGGUCGGCAUUCACCCCCCUCGAGAUGGGAACCCUCGGGAUGCUCGCCCCCAAGGAUCACCACCUAGAGUGGCGCGAGCACCUCGCGGCGAGCAAACAACACGACGGCGCGUCACUACGGGACGGACUGACGGGCACUUACGAGACCGAGAUUGUUUUUGCAGCGCUUAUUCUGGGCAUCAACUUCAGUGUAUUCUUCUCCGCGGUGGAUGAGGAUGCCUACGCCGCGGUGAGGGACCUGCGCGCGUCCAGUGCGCGGUUCUGGCUCGUCGUCGUCGGCUACUUCUCAAUCCUCAUGGCUUGGUUGACAAUCUGCGGCGUCUAUUUGCUCUUGGUAACCAUCGCGCCCGUGUCAGACACAAAUCUGCCAACGUUCAUACGCUCGUCCUCUGGGAUGCGGUGCCUCAUGGCGCCCAACAUAACCAUCGUCGCCACGACCUACAGCACGACAUUCUUCUACGUCCUCGCCGUGCUGGUUCCAUCGGAGGGCGCCGGGGUCUUGAUCGGCAUCGCGUUGUUCUCGUUGCUCGGGGUCUUCAGCGUUAUGUUCACUUUUAUGACCCCGUUGAACGUAGCCGUCAACGCGGGAUGCUUCGGGGAUGAACCCGCGAUUCCGCCGAUGGACCUGGCGGCGUGCACCGGCGACGACGUGGACCGCGCGUUAAGGAAGAAAGCGCUGGACAACCGGGUCUUUGCCGCUUCGUAA